AUGGGUGCAGUGCUGACCAAGGGUGAAGCUGCUAAAGCAACUGCUUUGGAUAAUUUUUGGGGCCCCAAUUUUCCUAAUAGGCACAGAAAGAAUCUUAGCUUUGGAGGCAGUGACUCUGCUUCUACUUCUGAUCAUUUUGCCGCUGUACUUGGUCUGCCUUCUCUACAACAUUACACCAACGAAGGCGUUGAGUUCGAGUCCGGUAUUAGUUUCAUGACGCCUGGAGCAACAGUUAUGAGUCCCUUUUCCUUCAUCAAGAAUGGCAUCCCGGCACCUCAACAGUCUCAUCACUCGCAGAUUUCUGCCUUUAUGAAACUCUUCUAUAAGGAUUGCUUCUCUUUUCAUGACUGCGGCAGGAACAAAGUUCUUCAGAAAGCUAUCGUCUAUAUGGAUCAGCCUGGUUUUAAUGAUUACAAGUACUCUCUUUUACAUACAAAAUCUAUUUCCGAAGUGUCCAAACUUGUCCCUGAUGUUGUGGAGACAAUCAAGAGUUCUAUCGAACAACUGAUCAAAGAUGCCGAGGCCAAACACUUUGUGGUUACUGGAAUUACUCCCAUGGGUUGCCUUCCAGGUUUUCGAACAAUGUUUCCCGAAGACGACAAUAGCAGGAAAAUUAAAUAUCACAAAGGACUAAAUUUGUUCGCAACAUUACACAAUGAUCAUCUAUGGCAAGCGUUGGAGGAGCUGCGAUUGAAGUACACUGAAGUUGAGAUCAUAUAUGCAGAUUAUUACAAGGCGCUUAUGGCGGUUGUACGCAAUCAUGCAUUCUUGGGAUUCAAGACUAAGACGUUGAUGAAGGUUUGUUGUGGUAGUGCUGGAUGCGGUCCUUUUAAUUUUGAUCCUCUAAAGCAGUGUGGAGAGAAAGGAGUUGUAGCAUGUUCUGAUAGGGCUUCGCAUAUACAUUGGGAUGGAUUUCGACUGACAGUGGAGGCUUCGAAGAAUAUGAUUGAUACUCUCUUCAGCAAAAAGGGUUUUGUAUUUCCUGAGUUCAAGUUCGAACAAGAUCUUCAUGUAGCUGCAGCAAAAGGGCACCAUUCAAAGGUUUAUGGGCUAUUUAGAGAUGGUCUAAGGCAUUUAUUGGAGUUACAUGCUAAUAACGCCGUGGACUACUGA